AGUGGGCGGGGAAGGUGUGCUGUGUGCGGAUAGUGGAGGAUCUCGUCAGUCGGGUCGCGGCGGCGGUGGUGAGUGCAGACCAGACCGGGGAACACUGGAGUCGUCAUCGCUCUUCUCCUCUGAGGGUGGAACCAGCUGCGGGGGGCGCCAUGCUACCGGAGAAUGGAAGCCGAUCAAGAUGUGUCUCUUAGAGAGCAGCUCUUCCAUGACUGGGUCCGGGAAUGCAUAAUCUGCUCGUUGCUUUUCGCUACACUCUACCUCCUCUCCUAUAUGGUCAUCACCAAGUUCAAGAAACAUGCUGAUUUCACCACAGUUGACCUUGAAGAUGCAGCUGUUAACCGAAUUGCGCUCUGGAUGUGUACCUUCACCCUUGCGGUGUCCGUCGGAGCCGUGCUCCUGCUGCCUUUCUCAAUCAUCAGCAAUGAGGUGCUGCUCUCUCUUCCACACAACUACUACAUCCAGUGGCUCAAUGGAUCCCUCAUCCAUGGCCUAUGGAACCUGGUUUUCCUCUUCUCUAACCUGUCACUAGUGUUCUUGAUGCCAUUUGCCUAUCUCUUCAUGGAGGCCGAAGGUUUUGCGGGAUCAAAGAAGGGAGUGAUGUCCAGAGUGUAUGAGACAUCUGUGGUUCUUCUGCUGCUCACACUCUUGGUGUUUGGCAUCGUAUGGGUGGCAUCUGCCAUUAUAGACGAUGACUCUUCUGGAAGAGAGUCCCUCUAUGAUCUGUGGGAAUACUACCUACCAUACCUCUACUCAGGCAUCUCUCUGUUUGGAGUUCUUCUUCUGUUAUUGUGCACUCCGUUGGGCCUGUCCCGGAUGUUCUCUGUGACUGGAAAGCUAUUGGUCAAACCUCGGCUCCUGGAGAACUUGGAGGAGCAGAUGAGCUGUACUGCAUUUGAGGAAGCGGCCAUAUUACGUAAAAUAUCCACGAAAGCUUCAUGCUGGCUAAAUCUCAACAUGGAGGCUUUACAAAAGAGGCUUCUCUCCAUCAAGAGCAAGCGAAUCGCAUUAGAGAAAAGAAGGAAGGCCUCUCCAUGGCAGCGCAACUUGGUGUACCCUCUAGCCAUGCUGUUGCUCCUCGCGCUCACUGGUAUCUCGGUACUGAUUGUGUGCUUCCAUGUCUUGGAACUUCUAAUUGAUGAAGCUGCCAUGCCAAAGGGGAUGCAGGAUUCACGGCUUGGGAAGGUCUCGUUUUCUGUUUUUGGUCCUUUCGGUGCAGCUGUACAAGUCAUCCUUAUAUUUUAUCUGAUGGCUGCUUCGGUGGUUGGGUUUUAUUCCUCUCCGUUGUUUAUAAGACUCCUACCCCAGAAGCAUGACACGACUAUGACCAAAAUCAUUGGAAACUGUGUGUCCCUACUUGUGCUUAGCUCUGCUCUCCCGGUCUUCUCCAGGACAUUGGGCAUCACCAGAUUUGAUCUGCUGGGCGACUUUGGACGAUUCAAUUGGCUUGGGAACUUUUACCUGAUAUUCUUGUAUAACAUUCUGUUUGCUGGCCUCACCACACUCUGCUUGGUGAAGAAGUUUACCUGGGCUAUACAAGCUGAGCUCAUCCGUGCGUUUGGACUGGACAGGUUACCUUUGUCUGUAAACAGGAUUCGCAGCCAAGGCAAGGCCUGAUAUGCCUCCAUGGAGUUGUCUGUCAAUGUGAUGGCACUUGGCACCAAGAUCCGUGAAUUGCCAGACAACCUGCUUCGUUUUGUGUCUCGUUUUUGAGAGGAAAGAAGUCUCGGGCACGGAUUCUGGAUUCUUGCGUCGGAAGCCUUGGUCAGGUCCUACGUUCUAGGAGGUUCUACACUCAUGGAUUUAGAAGAUUUGAGUUUUUGUGGGCCCAGAACCUGGGUGACAACAUUUGAGGAAACUAUAAAUGGAAUAUUUUUCAGAAUAAUCUGAGCCAACCCUUGAACAUGAAUUGUGCUGCUACAGAGUAGGAGAGGGGUAGCCUGUGACCGCUUUCAUUUUUCUCCUGUUUUGGUAUUUUAACAAUGGAUCGGUCCUUCAACUGGAUUGUGGAGUCCCGGAAUAAAUCUACUUGUCACCCGUGUUUAACAGAACUCUUCAUAGUGCAAUGGAAACACUAAUUUUACACAGGUCAUGUAGGGACGAUGUGAUGAAGGUGCACAGGAUGUUGGUCCUCUCCUUUCUGCUUGUGCUAGUUUACAUGAACUCCACUCCAGCCUUUGUGGCUUUCUAUUGCCAUCUCAUCUGGUGUGCAAUCUCUGUGCAAUGAGACAAUACACCAGCAUUAUUCAGAAGCCCAAGAGACUCGUCUCUUAUGGCAUCUCCAUUUUGUGUCUUUUUGUAUGUGUUGUCUGGUUGACGUUUGUUUCUUCAUCUUGUCUGGAAGUGUUUACUCUUAGAGCAGUAUGUAAAACUAUGGCUGGAUUAGUAGUGAAUGUGUGAAUAGUUCUCCUGCUGCUGUUUGUCUUUGAUUGGUUAGCUAGGCAGUGUCUUCCAAAGUUGAUCUAGAAGUGCAGUAUUUUAUAGAGCUUUGUCUUUGUUCUCUGUUUAUGUAUGAAGCGCACAUGGUGAACCCAACAUAAUGUCUUUUUCCAUUAGGUGCAGAAUACUGUAUACUCUUGUCACUUAGGGCCUGAUACACUGUGUGUGAUGACUGACUGGUGCUUUUCUGCACCCGAUCAACACCAGUCACUACACGGGCACAUUAAAUUGCACAACACAGGUGUGAUGUACAAAUCUGAUGCAUUUUUCUGCAGCACAUGGGAUGACACCACUGGUCAUGCAGCAUAUCCCAACUAGGGAUGAGCUCCGGCGUGUUUACACUGUCCACGUGCAGAGCCCGCCAGGA